AUGUGCGCUUGGCCUGACCAGUACGCCGGUGUGUGCCAGCGCCGUAUGCCCAAUGGGGUGUUGCAUUACCUUGCACACUCGCUUAGGGGAAGGCGCUACAGGACAAUGUUCAGCGGGGUGGAUGCUCCGGGAGUUGCGCUCUACAGCAUGACGGCCAUGGUCAAAGACUACUUGAACAUCCCCAGCAUGGAGGGGCCAUCGCACGAGAGCGCUGUGGAGUGGAACGUGAGCUGUCAGGAUGAGCUUCAGUCGGGGCCGUGCAAGCCGAAGCAUCUUUUUCGUGACAUCAAGGGGUUUUUCAAGCCCGAGGUGCUGGCAACAAUCCAAUCUGUGCGUGAGAGAGGCCUACCGCUCAACCGCCACACGGUGAUGCCCAUGCUACACAGCGGCAAGGCCACAAAGCGCACCUCCUUCUGCGUGCUGCAUCAGAAGGAGUGCGUCGUGGAGCCCUGCCGCGAAGCCUAUGCAGGCUUUCCAUGCGUGUCUUGGUCGCCCCAAGGUAGCCGCCAACGUGACGAUUCUGAGGAUUUUGAUUGCUGGUGCGCAAUGGCAGCUCUGGUCCUGGACGUAGAGGACGACUGCGUCAUCGUUGAGUGCUCCCACAUGUAUGACACAUCAAUCUUGGCAGAGGCGUGGAACCCAAAGUACGCUUCUUUCUUUGUGGUGAUUGAUGCCAUGAAUUUUGGGACAGCUUCCAGACGGCAAAGAAUGUGGGGGGCAUGCAUCAGCCGCUCCACGAUCACGCAAUCGUGGAGCAGCCUGCAAAACGUGAUCCCCAUGUUCUACAGGUGCGUGGCCGCCUCUUUUGACUUCUCGCAUUACCUGAUUGCUACGCGUGAUGAGCUGGAUGCUGAAUUGAAGUGGGCGAUGACACGACCCAAGUCUUUGGCAUCUGGCAAGUCCUUGGAUGAGCUGAAGAGGUCUCCGCGACCUUUCUGGGAGGCACUGACAGCGAAAGAACAGGAGUUCGAGCUGAAGUACGCAAAGGUGCACCAGCCUUCUGUGGCCCGCUCGCUCAACCAGAACCCGGACAAACACGGCCAAGCGUCGCAGGGGCGAGUGCUUCACGCGAUGAUCAAGAAUUGCGGCGUCGUUUGGUUGCCUUCCGCAGACCGAUGGUUGGCCCCGUCCGAAUUGCUUGCCAGCCAAGCGUUUCCUGUCCGCCCUGAGCUUGCAAGCCCAACGAGCAAACAUUCCCACUUGGUUUGCUCCUUUGCAGCUGAUGCCGCCAGCGGUUUGCAGCUUGCUCCUGCGGAGGGCGUGCCGCGCAAGCGCACGCAUGCGUCAGUUGUGUCCCAGAUGGGCAACUCCAUGAACGUGGCGUGCUGUGGCGCGAUGGCGUUCUACUCGAUCCUUUGCACGCGGACCAGUUCUGAGAUGGCAGGUCAAGUCGAGGAGAUGAGCGCAGGAGGCGCUCCUCCUGCGCCCGCUUUUGGUGGGGAUGGGCCGCUCUGCAUCGACUCGAGCAGCGAGGGCGAAGAAGGCUCUGG